AUGGCUGAUAAGGAGAUUACCGCUUUCAUCAUUGAUGUUGGGGCUGCAAUGGGUGGUGCUCACAAUGGGCAUGGUGUGUCAGACUUGGAGUAUGGGUUGAAAUACGUGAAGGAUGUUGUUGCCAGUAAAAUUAUCAAAGGAAGAAAAACAGAUUUAAUAUCAUUGAUAACGGUUGAUUCUGAAGAAUCCAACAAUCCAGCCAAGCUUCAGCAUAUCUCUGUCAUUUCAGAAUUCAAGCAGCCUUUUUAUGAAGAUCUCCGAGACCUUGACCUCCAUCCCAAUCCAAAAGAAUACGACGAAGAUGAUCAUGAUGGUAUUAUUAGAGCACUUUUAUUAACAUUUCAAAGUACAAAUAACUUUGUUGGUAAAAAAAAGUUUAAAAAGAAUGUUGUUCUAGUUACAAAUUCAGUAAACACGCCAGAAUUAGAUGAUGAGUAUUCACAGGCCAUUGUGGAAAUUGUCACUGCUUCAAAUUUCAAUAUGAUUCUGAUUGGUGCAGACUUUGAUAAUCCUACAGAAGUUCACGAUUAUGUGACAAAUAGACAAAGCUGGGAACAGUUAUUCAAUCAACUACCAGGGUCAGUAUUAAUGAGUGGGAAAAAAGCGAAUGAUCUCAUUGAAUAUCCAAAUCCUAAAAUAGUGAGGCCUGUCAAGACAUUUUCAGGUGAAUUUAGAAUCGGUGCCAAUUUACUUGAUGAAUCAUUUCAACCCCAUGAUGAUAUAAGUUGUGUUUGCUUUGACGUUGAAGGUUAUCCAGCUACAAAGAUUGACAGACCUCCUGGUCGAAAGAUAUAUGGAUUGAGUAAAACUGAUGAACCUGAACCAAUAUCUACUUCAAAUGAUUAUGAAAUAAGAUUGUAUACCAAUGACUUUGACAAUGAAAACGAGAUGGAAAAUGCUGAUGAGGAUGAAUUGGAAACUCGCCAGUAUGAUAUACAACCAGUUAAUAAAGAAGAACUAUCAAAAGGUUAUAAAUACGGUAAAUCAACAGUGGUGUUGCCACCUGUGCUAGAGGAUAAAAAAAAGUAUAAAACUUCUCCAGGUAUUGACAUAAGAGGUGUCGUGUCAAAUACUGCAUUGCCAAGAUGUUAUUCAACUUCUGAAUCAGUUUUCAUUGUUGGUAAAAAGAGCAGUGAGAAAGAUACACGAGCAUUAGCUGGGUUUGUUGAUUCUUUAACUGAGUUGGACCUUUUCGCUAUAGCAAGAUAUGUUCAGAAACCAAACUCAGAAGUUCAAAUGGUUGUUUUGAUUCCUGUUUAUAUAAAAAAGAAUGAUGGUGCUUCUACAAAGAGAAAAGCAGAGGAUGAGAAUUUGGAAGAUAUAAGAGCUUUGAUAUUGACUAGGUUACCAUUCUUUGAAGAUGAAAAAAUUUCAACUUUCCCUCCGUUAACUGAAGCACAUACAACUAGUGGGAAAGUUCUAAAGAAACAUGAAAAGUUCCUACCAAGUGAUGAAGCUUUGGAUGCAAUGGAAAGUUAUAUUAAAAGUAUGGACUUGGAUCAAGAGAAAGAGACUGAUUUUGAAGGCAAGAAAAGGAUCUUCAACCCAUUGACUGCUGGUUCAUUAUUACCAUUGCCAACCUCGUUGGGGAAUCAUGAUAACUUGGUCAAAUUAGCUACAGGUAUUCAUAGAAAUAAUCUAGUUUUGAAGGACGUUGCUAUCAAAGGUGCAACUUUCGAAGGUGGUUUGAAAGAAUAUUGCAAACAGGAAGAUAUAAUACCACCUUUAGAAGGGAAGCUACUUCAAGACACUUUGCCCGACCCCAAGUUGGUUAAGAACUCUCAAGAUGAGCUUGCUAAACUGGCCAAAUUACUAAAUGUGUCAUAUAUUGGAAGACAAAAGAAACAAGAUAAGAACAAUGUCGAUGAAAUUGUGGCUAAAGAAGAAGAAGAGGAUGAUAUAUCAUUAGAGGAAUUGUUAAGUAGAGGUGCAAGAUGA